CAGAAAAUUAAGGAAAUUAUGAACCAAAUUCUUGAAUCAUUUUCUCUUAACAAUUUCCCUACCAAGAAAAGAAAAGAAAUCAAAGAAAAGAAAAAGGUUAAUCGCCCUUUGGGAAAAUCAUGAUUUCCUCUUGCCAUUGAUUCUCUUUAUGAAAACCAGGAUAAAUGCUUGGUGAAUUGCAUCAUAUAGAACAGCUGCAUUGGCCACCAAAACAAUAAUAUGGACAUUUCUAAAGGAAGCACUCCAAAUAAUCACAUGAGCGGCAUUACUAUAACACCCUGCGGGGUAAUUUUGUCCAUUCUUAUACCGGUGUUGCUUUCACUGGCACUAGAGGAGAGGAGAAAGACAAAGAAGAGAGGAGUUCCCGUGAAAGCCGGGGGCGAAAUGGGAAUUACAAUGCGCAAUGCCGAAUUUCCAAGAUUGGUUGAAGUUCCAUGUGAAGGGGUGAGGACUGUGGCAGAUCUCUUCGCGCAGUCGUGUCGAAACCACUCACAAGAACGUUGUCUUGGAAGAAGGCGACGGUUUGAGAAUCUUCGCUUGGAUGAUGAGUACAUGUGGGAAAGUUACGGUCAAGUAUUUGACCGCGUUUCCCACUUUUCGUCUGGUCUUGUAAAAUUUGGUCACGAAGUGGACACUCGUGUUGCUAUCUUUUCUGAUGCACGUCCCGAGUGGCUGAUUGCCUUUCAGGGUUGUUUCAGACAAAACAUUACAGUAGUAACUGUUAAUGCUUUUUUAGGGGAUGAGGCUUUUGUGUACUCAUUAAAUGAGACUGAAGUGGCCACAUUGGUAUGUGAUACCAAACAACUAAAGAAGUUGUCUGCAAUGAGGUCAAGUUUGAAAACAAUCAAGAACGUCAUUUACUUCAACGAGGACGACAAUCAUGAUGAUGAUGGGACUAAAUGUGAUCUUCAAGCUUGUGGGGAUUUUGAGAACUGGAAAAUAUCUUCAUUUUCUGAAGUUGAAGGACUUGGUAAAAGUAGCAGCAUUCAUCCUAGGUUACCCAUCAAGAGUGAUAUUGCUGUGAUCAUGUACACCAGUGGCAGCACAACCUCACCUAAGGGAGUUAUGAUAACCCAUGGAAACAUUGUAGCAACUGCAGCGGCGGUCAUGAGUGUGGUCCCUGAUCUCGGACCCAAAGACGUGUACUUGGCCUACAUGUCUCAAGCACACGUCUUCGAACUAGCUGCUGAGACUGUGAUGUUGGCAGCAGGAGCUUCUAUUGGCUAUGGAUCGACACCAACACUAACCGACACAUCCAGUAACAUCAAGAAUGGAACCCGCGGCGACGCAACUGUGUUAAAGCCCACACUCAUGGCUGCAGUUCCUCCAGUUCUUGAUCACGUUAGAGAAGGAAUUAUACAACAGGUUGAGGAGAAGGGGGGCAACACUGAAACACUAUUUAACAUUGCGUAUAAGCGCAGGGUUGAAGCUUGGGAGGGAAGCUCGUUUGGAAUGUGGGACAGGCUCGAAACUCGACUCUGGGAUAGAAUAAUUUUUGAAAAGAUACAAAAAGUUCUCGGAGGACGAAUUCGCUUCAUGCUUUCUGGUGGAGCUCCUCUGUCUCAAGACACACAAAGGUUUAUCAACAUCUGCAUUGGAGCUCUUAUAUGCCAAGGAUAUGGCUUGACAGAAACAUUUGCCGGAGCAACUUUGUCCGACAUGGAUGAUACUUCAGUUGGUCACGUCGGACCGCCUCUCCCUUGCACCUACAUAAAGUUGGUGUCUUGGGAAGAGGGAGGGUACAGAAUAACAGAUAAACCGAUGCCACGGGGAGAAAUCGUAGUUGGUGGAGGGAGUGUCAGUGCCGGGUAUUUCAACAAUGAUCUUGAAACUAAUGAGGCCUACCAUGUUGAUGAGAGGGGAAUGCGGUGGUUCUACACCGGUGACAUUGGGAGGUUUCGCCGUAACGGGUGUCUUGAAAUUAUUGAUAGAAAGAAGGGUAUUAUAAAACUUCAGCAUGGUGAAUAUAUCUCACUUGGAAAGGUAGAGACAGUUCUAAGGGCAAGCAAAUAUGUAGACAACAUAUUGGUGCAUGCAGACCCCUUCCACAGCUAUUGUGUAGCUCUCAUUGUCCCUUCGCACCGAGUCCUUAUAGACUGGGCAGACGAUUAUGAGAUCCACUUUACAAGUUUCUCCGAUCUUUGCGACGAAAUCGAAGUUGUUAAGGAAAUCUUACAUUCACUACACGAGGUAGGCAAAGCAGCAGGAUUGGAGAGAUCAGAGAUCCCUGCAAGGAUCAAGCUGUUACCAGACCCAUGGACUCCUGAGUCUGGUUUGGUCACUGCAGCUCUUAAGUUGAAGAGGGAUAAAAUUAUGGCAUACUUUAAAGAUGAGAUUCAUAAAUUGUACACUUUGUGAACAAGCCAACAAUAUGCAUUUUCCCUUUUUCUUUCUUUUUUUUUUCUCUUGAUAUAUGAUUGAUUGUCUUCAUCAAGUUUCUGUUUGGCCCGAAAAUCAUAACGAUAAAUCAUACUCCUAAGUAAGUACUCAAUGAACAUGCACAAAUUAAACGAUUUUAAGUAAUGAAACAGAAUUGAGUUA